AUGGCUCAGUGGACGAUGUUGUUUCACGGUACAUUGACCCGUUCUGUUCUGCCUCCUUGCUCGGCUAUGAGUGACCGGCCGAGUCCGUCGACGCCCGUGAGCAACGCGAUUUAUCUCGUCGACGCAUCUGUGGCCUCCGCAAAGCAAGCGUGGGAUCUGAAUGACUCUGCACAGGAAGUCUACUGGAUAUUGAUGACAUGUUACCCAGAGAUUAUUGAGCGAAUCUUUGAAAGCCAACCAGCACGAAUUUGGAACAUCCUCAAGAAAUGGGUGGAUCCCGGUACUGCGGCUAAGGUGGUAGUAUUGAAGCAAUCGGCGGUCUACACGACUUUGGGAAAGUCUAUCGACAAAGAGAAUAUUCCGACGAAAUUCGGAGGGGACUUUGCAUUUCCUAAUGGAAUGUCUGCAGACCUGGACCAUGGCAUUCGUCAACGCCUGCACUAA